ACAAACAAGAGAGCGAGCGAGGUAUCGAGAGCAUGGAGGCGCACGUGGAGCGGGCGCUGCGCGCGACGCUGACGGAGGCGGAGGCGCGGGCGCUGGAGGGCACGGUCCGCGAGCACCACACGUUCCCGGGCCGCUCGCGCGCGGGCUCCGGCGCGGGGCCGGCGACGUGCACGUCGCUGGUGGCGCAGCGCGUGUCGGCGCCGGUGCGCGCGGUGUGGCCCAUCGUGCGCAGCUUCGACAACCCGCAGCGGUACAAGUACUUCGUGCACACCUGCGCGCUCGCCGCCGGUGACGGCGCCAGCGUCGGCAGCGUGCGCGAGGUCACCGUGGUGUCGGGCCUCCCGGCCUCCACCAGCACCGAGCGCCUCGAGGUGCUGGACGACGACCGCCACAUCCUCAGCUUCCGCGUCGUCGGCGGCGACCACCGCCUCCGCAACUACCGCUCCGUCACCUCCGUCACCGAGUUCCAGCGCCAGCCCGCCGGCGGCCCGCCCUACUGCGUCGUCGUCGAGUCCUACGUCGUCGACGUGCCCGAGGGCAACACCGAGGAGGACACGCGCAUGUUCACCGACACCGUCGUCAGGCUCAAUCUCCAGAAGCUCGCCGCCGUCGCCGAGGAGUCCGCGGCCGCCGCCAGCAGGAGCUAGCUAGCUCCGAUCCUGAUCGCUCUUCCGCUCGUGGUGGGCGCGCCCGCGCCGCACGGGGCGGACUUUCCACUGUGGGCGCGGCGCCAGAGCGGCGCCGUCGUUGUUGCUCCGUUUGUCCCUUUUUUGUUCUUUUUCUUUCCCUUUUCCGUUUUUAUAUCUUCUUCUUUUUCUCGCCUUUCGUUCUCGUGUAUAAAAAGGCCUUUGUUGCGGCGCAAGAAAGCCUUCUUCCUUAACGCAUAUCUUUGUCCGUUUC